GGCUCCCACGGGGCCAGCGGAGCUUUCAGGUCAGACGCGGAGCAGCUCCGGGAGUUCUCAGAAGAGAAGGAAGCGAGGAAAAGUUUGGAGUGUGUGUCAGCAGCAGCGGCAGCGGCGGUUCAGCGUGUAUCCGCAGCCCGAGACAGGCUCUAUCUGCGGCGCAGAGGCGGUGCAAUCCUCAGCAGUGUUCUGAGACUGUACGGCCACGAUCGCUUCCAGCCAGCCAGACAGACAGACAAACAGCCUUUCUGGACUAACACACAGCUUUUAUGACAUGAUCCGUCAAAGCGCUGCUUCCGACCUGUAAACCUGCACACGUUCCUCAGCCAUUCUGACCCUGAAAGUUGGACGUAACACAGACUGAAGGGGAAUUACAACACUGAAACAAGAAAGCAUGACGGCCGAUAAAGAGAAAAAGAGGAGCAGCUCAGAGCGGCGAAAGGAGAAGUCCCGGGACGCCGCUCGCUGCCGGCGCAGCAAGGAGACGGAGGUUUUCUACGAGCUGGCGCACCAGCUGCCUCUGCCCCACAGCACCAGCUCCCACCUGGACAAGGCCUCCAUCAUGAGGCUGGCCAUCAGCUUCCUGCGCACGCGCAAGGUGAUCACCUCAGGCUGCAGCAGCAGCAGCGGUUGUGGUAACAGCGUGGAGGACAGACAGAUGGACAGCCAGUACCUGAAGUCUCUGGAGGGCUUCAUCACCCUGGUAACGUCCGACGGCGACAUGAUAUUCCUGUCCGAGAACAUCAACAAAUUCAUGGGGCUCACGCAGGUGGACCUCACUGGUCAGAGCAUCUUUGACUUCACCCAUCCGUGCGACCACGAGGAGAUCAGAGAAAACCUCAGCCUGAAGACAUCUGGCAGCGGCUUCGCUAAAAAAGGCAAAGAGCUGAGCAGUGAGCGAGACUUCUUCAUGAGGAUGAAAUGCACGGUGACCAACAGAGGACGCACCGUCAACCUCAAGUCAGCCAGCUGGAAGGUGUUGCAUUGCACCGGACACCUAAAGAUGUACAACAGCUGCCCUCCCCGAGUGCUGUGUGGCUACAAAGAGCCGCCGCUCACCUGCGCUGUCCUGAUGUGCGAACCCAUCGCACACCCGUCCAACAUCGACACGCCGCUGGACAGCAAGACCUUCCUGAGCCGACACAGCAUGGACAUGAAGUUCACCUACUGCGACGAGAGGGUGACGGGGUUGAUGGGUUACACUCCCGAGGAUCUACUGGGUCGUUCAGUCUACGACUUUUACCACGCCCUGGACUCAGACGGCGUCUCCAAGAGCCAUCACAACUUGUGUUCCAAGGGUCAGGCAGUGAGCGGUCAGUAUCGCAUGCUGGCUAAGAACGGAGGCUACGUCUGGGUAGAAACCCAGGGAACUGUUAUUUAUAACAGCCGCAACUCCCAGCCCCAGUGCAUCGUGUGCAUUAACUACGUCCUCAGUGACAUCGAGGAGAAGUCAAUGGUUUUCUCCCUGAAGCAGACCGAGUCGCUGUUCAAGCCGCACCACAUGAACAGCUUCUUCACUGCCGGAGGUGCAGGCGUGACCGGAGAGCCGGGAGAAGGCCUCUUCACCAAACUCAAGGAGGAGCCGGAGGACCUCGCCCACCUGGCCCCGACACCCGGAGACACAAUCGUCAGCCUGGACUUCGAUCGCCCACCGUUUGAGGAUCCCCAGCAGUCUGCAGGAUACACCCAGGUGUCCGCCGCAGCCAUGCCCCAUCCUGGACCUCCAUCCUGGGCCAGCGAGAGCCACAAGCCUGCCCCUUCCGCACCAGUUCCAAGGGACAUGGCUUCCAUGGCGGGUAAUCUCAUCAUGCAGGAGAAUCCGCCACCGGGCAGCGCCACGCCGAGCCUCAGCAGCUGCUCCACGCCCAGCAGCCCAGGUGAUUACUACAGCUCGGUGGAGAGCGAUCUAAAGGUGGAGCUGACUGAGAAGCUCUUUGCUCUGGACACCGAAGGCAACAACAGUCCAGCGGACAUUGAGAGGGACUUGAGUGACUUAGACCUGGAGACUUUGGCUCCCUAUAUCCCGAUGGAUGGCGAGGACUUCCAGUUGAAUCCAAUCAUCCCAGAGUCGGAUCCCCUGGAGGGGGGUCCAGCAGGAUCCAUGGGGGGCAAGGGCAGCCAGGCCAGCCGGCAGAGCUUCACCAAGAUUGCGAGCCUCUUCCAGCCACUGGCCUCCCCUCCUCUGCCCCAGGGCCACUUCCAGCACCAGCCAGUUGCAUCCUGGGCCGCGGGCGAGAAGAGAGGCUCCCGCCACGGGACCGUAGACUCACGUGCAGGGUUUUGCAUGAUGGGGCACAUGCAGAAUCCCCCGUACCAGGCUCCAGCCAGCACCCCUCUGUCCUCCAUGGGGGGCAGACAGAAUCUGCAAUGGCCUCCGGACCCUCUGUUAACCUACCAACGACAACAACCACAACGCGCUACCAAGACCUACCUGAUGGACACUUUUUCAGGAGAGGAGCGCCCGUCCUGCCAACAGAACAUGCCACACCUCAUGCAGAAACAGAGGUCCAUUGACAAUUUUGUACAAGCCUACAGAGACAUGAGUCCAGCCAGAGUGGCCAUGGCCAACAGUAUCAAGCGCUCCUUCACUCAGAUGGCUAUCGGUGAAAGUACGCCGUCAGAAAUCAUUUGGAAGAAGAUGAGAGGUGACGGUUGUGCCGCCAUGGAUCGCUCCCUCAGCGCAGGAUCUCUGGCAGCGCCCGAGAUGGGGAGGACGAUGUCAGGCAGCAUGUCUUCAGGUCUCAGCUCUCUGCAGCAACACAGGAAGUCUCAGAAUCCAGGAAACUGGAUAGGUGGUGCAAAUGACAAACCCUUUCCCCGAAGGAGCUGCAACUAUACCUAUAACAUGCUUCCUUCCAACAAGACGGAGGGUAUUGCGAGUCGUUUAGUGGGCCCUUCUUUUGACUCCUCCUGUCUGCCGGAGUUGACCGGUUACGACUGUGAAGUCAACGUCCCGCUGCAGGGCAACCUGCACCUCCUCCAGGGCUGUGACCUGCUGAGAGCCCUGGACCAGGCCUCUUAGAGCCCCAGAUUUCAAAUCUGCCAUAGACCCGGACUUAAAUCCCCAGCCCGAGACUUAAGCCUGUCUUUUACUUUGUAACCUCGGGGCCGUCUGAGAGCCCUGAGGCCGAGCUACCUAUAACGAAUGGUAUUCAUAAUCCCAUUCUGCCUUAUUUUAGCUUCCAAGGCUCAGCCCCAGUCUCUGUUCCCCAUCCUGUUAUAGUUCUGUACGUCUGUACAUCUAAACUAAGCAAGCUAUCAGGGUCAAGCCACUCGCAAAAUCAGAUGGAGGUUGAAAAGUCACCCUGCAUUGACAACCACAUAGACGACCCAUACGUAACAUGAGCCACAUAAAUACAAAGGUCAACGCGGGACGAUUAACUAACAGAGGCAAAGUAAUGCCACCACUCUGGCUGACCUGUGUCAAAAAGUCUGGACUCUGGGAUUUAUCGCCGGUUAUCAGAUUUGGUGUAAACGUCUCUCUGUGUUCAGAAACACCGGCUGAACUUGGGUCUAUGGUGUAAAGGGGUAUUAGUCGUGGGGGAGGAUUCAAACCUACAACCUGUGUCUUAUCCUGGCCCUGUCCCCAUUGCAGCCCUACCCCCUGAAAUGAACUCUAUGCAGCUCAGAUCCCAGACAUACUCUUUGUGGGCUAACUCUUUUAGCCCAGAGAAGUAAUAUACUACCUAGACACCGUGUUCUUUCACCUUGUGCUUUUGACCAGGAAUUAGACCCCGCCCACUUUUCCUAGUCCCAGGCAAAACUUCAAACAAGAGUUGGGUAUCAUGAAGUGGUUCUGAAUUAUAGCCAUUUUAAAUGUAUAAAUGUGGAAAAACAAGAAUUCUUUGUAAAGCAUGCUCUUUGAUUCUGCUUAUUGAUUCCCCAAAAGAUAACAGGAAGAUCCAAAUGCAAACCACAUGGUGCUAGAGCGGCAAGAGUUAAUCCAUUAUUUGUCAACUAUUAAUUAAUCGCCAACUAGUUUGAGUAAUUUUUUAUGAAAACAUU